CCUGGUUACGGCGGCAGUCCUUGUUUGGACUGGGCGGGGCCUCGCCGCAGGCAGCCUGUCGCGCUCCUUAAAGGAAGUGAGUCACGCUGACGGCAGUGUUACGUUUCAGUUGCAGCAGCGACCGAACGAGGAAGCAACACGUGCUGACCAUAAUAACUCCAACGCAUCAGAACACCGAGCGACGAACACGUAGCGACGAGAAGAGACCAAAGAGUCGAAGGCGAUCAGCCAGCGCCGGUUUUUUUUCACCGAGACGAUCCGUUCCUCGUUCACAGUGUGAAUCAUGAAGCGGGAGGUGAACGCUGCAGUGGCCUACCUCCAGCGUAUGGUGGUGGCCCGUAGCAAUCUCGACGAGGCAGUGGCACAACUGUUUGCUGAGAAGCUACAGAAGCUGCUGUGCGACAAAUACAAUGACCACUGGUACCCUGACUGCCCCAGCAAAGGCCAGGCAUACAGGUGUAUCCGUAUAAAUAAUGGACAAGUGUGUGAUGAUGUGCUCUUACAAGCGUGCAAGGAGAUUGAGAUCACACCCAGUGAGCUUUGCCUGCCACCCGAGCUCACGCUGUGGAUUGACCCGAUGGAGGUGUGCGCGAGAUCUAAAGAGCACUAUCGGCCGUUCACAAUCGCCAGAUUCAACAAGGAGUCAGUGGGCGCUGGAACGCCGGAUCACACGUCCGACUAUCACUCCGCCACCUCUUCGUCCUGUAGUUCCACGUCAUCAAGUGACAACGAAGAGGAAGCAAAGGAUGGAGAGACGGGGCCAAAGAAGGUGGAGGCCGUCGCCACGCCGCCUGCGGCCGAAGCAGGCGUCUGCCCAGUAGCGAUGGUGCCCAGGAUUCGUAGGAGAUACGGAGAUGGACCAUACAGGACCAGAUGUUUCAGAAAUACGCUCUCUACCAGCAUCCACUACUACUACAACCAUGCCCCAGCUUGCCCCCAUUACAAGAAGGCCACCACAGUGUACCUCACCAUGUGCACGGCCCCGCCGCCGCCUCCACCCCAGCAGGUGUUCAGCUACUACAUCCUGCCGCAGCAGCCUCCGCAGUUCAUCAUGCCUCAAGCCUCUCUGCACCCAUGGGCACCUGUGAUGAAUUAGCGCUCGUACCUGCGUUUUUGAAGGUGGAUAGAGCACCUUCAACUGAGUCGUGUCACGAGAGACACAAAUUUUUAGCUAAAACCUGAGCCUGAUAGGGACCUCGAGCUGCCCAGUACAGUUUCGUUAGUAUUCGUUGAACAAACGAUAAAAGUAGUUUAGCUUAUAUUUACUUAUUGAUUGCCUGAUCGUGGCGCAGAUGCCAUUUUAUUUCUCUAACAAUCUUUUUGAUGAUUUUUUUCCGAACGCGUCGGGUUUGCACUGCUAAUGUUUUAAUUUAGUUUUCGUGGGUAGGAUGAAUUCAGUCUCUGAGUGCGUGGAUUACCUCAGGGACUCGGCACUAUGCUUAUGCCAAAUUACUGUGUUCAGGUGGUUCCUGUUAACCUGCAAUAAGGUUUCGCCAAAUCUCUACUGUGUAUACCUCACAGUUAAUCGUUGUAGAAUGUGAUUCAGGGUUUCACUUAUUUCUAGCUAAUGACAAUGCACAUUAAGAAGCUUUUUAACUAACACGCAUACUUUCUAAACUUUUGUUAUUUAUUGUGCCACUAGUGGAUGGCACUCAACUUGAAGCUGAUACGUUAUAUAUUUUACCAGUGGUUGCUGUAUAGUGUAAACAAAAUAGUUUUAAACUCUCGCGAUGAUGUAUUAUGCACCUUUUUUUCUUUUUGGAUUUUUGCUUAAUUUUUUAUGGCAAGUAGCUCUCUGAUAUGCAAAGCAAUGCAGCAAGACUCUUUAUGCAAAACGUUUAACUCACAAAGUGCUGAUAUUAUGAUGAUUUAUGGUGUAUUUAUUGCAGACUUUGCAUUUUUUCUUCGUGCCUAAGCAGUGUUGUGCCUUUCUUCACAUUACUGAAGAAUAAACGUCAUUCCUCAAAUA